UUUCAUUGUUUUCAGCUGAAAGACAUGCCGUGUACGUUGAGAGAAUACAAAGGCCAGGAGCCCAGUGGGCUAAACAAUGUCCAUCGACAGGCACCGAGGCAAAGCUCAGAUCUACAGAAGUCAGUUUGAAACUGAUCGGUUGGAGUGGAUGACAACCUCAAACGCUCGUGACGGAAUGCAAAUAGCAUCCGUUGUCUCCAUGGUAACCUCAACGCGGUAGCAUCACCUGUUCCGAUUGGUGGACGACACACUGAGCUUGAGUAUCGCGUUGCUUCACACGUCCAUCACUACACUAUCGACUCUCCAUCGCAAAUAACUUAAUAACACCGGAAUUACCUAACCCUUGGGUGUAGGGGCUAGAUGCUAUGGUGUAUCAAAUAUCGGCGUUUUAAACCUACGCCAUACAAUAAAGAGAAUAACAACCAUGCCCAGUCCGGGUAAAAACGCAACUCAAGGACCAGCAGCAUCCCUGAAAUCUAAAGCAACUGAUAACAAAUCCUCUAAUGAACUUAGGAGACUUCUAUCCUUGCUCGAAAAGCCUUUGCCCAGACAAGAGGGGGCAGCACUGAGUCGCGGUAAAACCAAACCCGAAGGCGCGCGUCCUGCCAACGACGCUGUGUGUCGGAACAUGGGCAACACGUCCACUGAGUCUGCCCUGCUGGAUAAGUUCAGCGUGACUUAUAGUGUCCAGAGGUGUUUCCGAAGCCACCCACAACACAAACUGUUUUCAGGCAUCCUCACCUGUCUGGUGAAGAACAGGCUGUGCAGAGACUGGAUGGACAGCGCCGCCCCAGAGUCCGCCCUCAGAGUCCUGGUCUGCCUGCGCCUCCUCAUCAGAGACCCCCACUAUCAGGUGCUCCUUCAUCAGCUGCACGGUGUCGGUUUGCUCGCUCAGCACCUAGAGUCUGUCACGGACCAAUACUUGCAACAGGGCGAGCGACCGUGUUCCGUGCAGAUUCUGGGGACCCUGACCUAUAUGUUUCAGAAGCUAUCAGCCCUGGAAGGUCAGAGGGACUGGGUCAUCAGAAGCGGAGCCCACACGACUCUGGUGAAGCUGCUGUCCUCCAGAGACAGUAGUGUGCUGCUGGGGACACUGCUGGCUCUCACCAGCCUGGCAGAGAGCCCAGAGGGCAGGGAGAAGAUCGGGGAGUGGCCCCUGGUGGAAGACCUGCUGGUGAUCCUGCAGGAGUACGACUCCUUAUCCAAGAGGAUGGCGGCGGAGCUGCUGCGCCUGCUGGCCCCGGUGCCGGGGGUCCGGCAGCAGUUGUGGGACCUGGAGGGUCUGCCGGUGUUGCUGGGUCUGCUGCACGGCCGCCACCUGCGGCUGCUGUGGAGCUCGGCCUGGGUGCUGGUGCAGCUCUGCCAGGACCCGGACGCCCGCGCAGAGGUCCGCAGCUGGGGGGGCCUGCAGCAGCUGCUCCGGCUCCUCAACAGCGAGGGGACGUUCGUGUCGGACCGCUCCUCCGUCGAGGACCUCUCCAGCGCCAACGCCGCAGGCCGCCUCCAGGGACCGCCCUGCUCGGAGGAGCUCCCCCCCGCGGAGCAGAGGGCCAGCACCCUGGCCCUGCAGGCUGCAUGCUGUGCAGCUCUGACGGAGCUUGUCCUGGACGACUCCAACGCCUAUCACCUGGUUCAGGAGAACGGCAUCUACGUCGUUGCUAAGCUGAUUCUGCCCCAGGACCCUGCUGUGAAGGCAGCCUCUCUACAGUGCUACGCCUUCCGGACCCUACGGUUCCUCUUCAGCGUGGAGAGGAACAGAGCUCUCUUCAGAAGGCUUUUUCCCACAGAGCUCUUUGAGAUGUUUAUUGAUGUUGGACAUUACAUCCGAGACCUGACAGCAUACGAAGCUCUGCAGGCCGCAGUCUCCCUCUACACUGAGGAGGAGCUCCGGGCUUUGAGGGAGGGCAUUGAAUCCUCCAAUCAGAAUUGCCCGCCAAUCAGGGUCAUAAAUGGCUACGCGGUGCUGGACCACCUCGGCACUGGGGCCUUCGGCAGCGUCUUCAAGGUGCGUAAGCAGUGUGGGCAGAACCUGCUGGCUCUGAAGGAGGUGAACCUCCUCAGCCCGGCCUUCGGGAAGGACAAGCGCUCCCGGGACAGCACGGUGGAGGACAUCGUCUCUGAGCUCAACAUCAUUAGAGAGCAGAUGUCUCAUCCCAACAUCGUAAAAUAUUACAAGACGUUUCUAGAAGGGGGCCGGCUGUACAUCGUGAUGGAGCUGAUAGAGGGCGUGACGCUGGCCGACCUCUUCAGUGCUCUGAAGGAGAAGCAGCAGAAGCUCACCGAGCAGAGGGUCUGGAACAUCUUCGUCCAGAUGUGCUUUGCGCUGAGGUACCUGCACAAGGAGAAGAGGAUCGUCCACCGCGACCUCACGCCCAACAACAUCAUGAUGGGGGACCGGGACAAGGUUACGAUCACGGACUUUGGGCUGGCUAAACAGAAACAGGAGAGCAGCAAGCUGACAUCAGUGGUGGGCACCAUUCUUUACUCCUGUCCAGAGAUCGUUAAGUGCGAGCCUUACGGGGAGAAGGCCGACAUCUGGGCCCUGGGGUGCAUCCUGUACCAGAUGACCACCCUGCGGACCCCCUUCUACAGCACCAACAUGCUGUCUCUGGCCACCAAGAUCGUGGAGGCCGUGUACCAGCCUGUGGAUGACCCACUGUUCUCAGAGAGAGUCACCGGCAUGAUCAAGUGGUGUCUGAGCCCCGACGCCGAGCGGCGGCCCGACGUGGUGGAGGUUAGCGCCAGCAUCUCGGACAUCAUGAUGAGCCUGAUGGACAGCUUCUACGCCUCCCAUCAUGCACUGCAGCGCCGGGCGGACCGGGACAGGAAGCGCGCGCAGAAGUACUUCCUGGAGCGGCACAAGGGGCAGAUGGGCGGUCUGAUCUCAGGCCCCCCGCAGGUAGCUCCCCAGGGCCCAGAGGAGGCCACCAUGAAGACCACAACACCGGCUCCUCCUUCUGCAGCCUGCCGCUCAGACCAACCGCAGCAGAAUGGGGGUCAAGCGGACGCCUCAGAUGAUGUUGUUGAUGUCGGCAGGAAAAGCAGCAAUGGCUUCUCAAGGAAACCUGAACGGUCUGGCCGAAACACGGUCCCACCAGACACCCCUCUAUCUGGGGACAACUGCGCUGUUCCAAAAACUAAGCCACGACCAGCCUCUGCAGGGAUCUCCAUCUCCCAGCGGAGGCUCCGAGAGCUGGACGACCCCAUCCAGAAGUUCCUGGUCCUGCUGCACAAAAUCAUCUACAUCACCCAGCUCCCUCCAGCCUCUCACAGCAGGGGCCGCGGGAGGCGGCUGGUGGAGAGGUUCAAGAAGUCCCUGUUCCACCAGGGGAGCAGCGCCCUCGGCCUGAAGGUCACGCUCAGCAAGGUGCUCCUGGGCUCCUCUGAGCCGGUGGAACUGGGCUCAGCCAGCUCCGACUGGUGGCAGCAGAGUCUCUCCGUCAAGGCCCCACUGAACGCUCCUCAUAAGCCAGAGACGAUGGACGAAGGUUCCUUCAGGGACGGUGUGUCUUACGAACAAAUGCAGGCGGUCAUCGAGGAGGUGUUGGAGGAGAGCCGAUACUACGAAGGCUCAGGAGCCAGGGGGACGCGUGUGGGUAGUAUGGUUCAAGGUCAUUAACACAUGUUCACUAACCCUCCCAAUAAGAUCAAAACCGCCUC